UGCAACUUGUCCAGAUCUUGUUUGUAAAUUUCUGAAUUAGAAGUGCUGGAAACACAUACUACCUUUUUCAUAUAACAGGUUGUUUGUGCAAAUUAGUUUUCUAGCCGUCAAACAGUACCUCAUCUGGUUAGCUUGCUAGCAGAGUAGCUAGCGACGAGCGACUUCGGUGAUAGAGAUAAUUAAAUCUGCCAAAAUGCAGGAGUUGAUUGCAAGUGUAGAUCAUAUUAAAUUUGAUCUGGAAGUUGCAGUUGAACAGCAACUCGGUGCUCAACCAUUGCCAUUUCCUGGAAUGGACAAAUCCGGCGCAGCUGUUUGUGAAUUUUUCAUGAGGGCUGCUUGCUUAAAAGGUGCAAUGUGUCCUUUUCGGCAUAUUAGCGGUGAGAAGACUGUGGUGUGUAAGCACUGGCUUCGAGGGUUGUGUAAAAAAGGAGACCAGUGCGAGUUUCUACACGAGUAUGACAUGACAAAGAUGCCGGAGUGCUAUUUUUACUCAAAAUUUGGGGAGUGUAGCAAUAAAGAAUGUCCAUUCCUACACAUUGACCCAGAAUCUAAGAUCAAAGAUUGUCCCUGGUAUGACAGAGGGUUUUGCAAACAUGGUCCAGACUGCAGACACAGACAUACAAGAAGAGUCAUCUGUGUUAAUUACCUAGUAGGCUUCUGCCCUGAAGGCCGAUCCUGUAAAUUCAUGCACCCACGUUUUGAGCUACCAAUGGGAGCAACUGAACAACCACCAUUGCCUCAGCAAGCCCAGACUCAACAGAAGCAAAACAUACAACCCUUGAACAGGUCAUCACUGUCGCUGAUACCUUUAACCAAUACCAACUCCAACCCCAAUAACCAACAGAGAACUGGUUUAGUGCAGACACACAACAACAUGGGGGGUAACCGUGGACCCCGCCCGCUGGACCAAGUUACAUGUUAUAAGUGUGGCGAGAAGGGCCACUACGCCAACAAAUGCACAAAGGGACACCUGGCUUUCCUUAGUGGACAGUAAAGUCACUCAGCUCUCUCACACUGUUAGUGGUGACAUUGUCAGUCACAGAUUGCCUUGACUGUAUCUGGAAUUUGAGAGCAUGAAGUCUGCCAGCUCUGGUUCUCUUGCCUUUACCUGAGAGAUCAGGACAGCCUCAGUUUGCCACGUACCUGACUGGACUAUGAAAACGCUGACCGCGUAGUUUACAGCCAGCUGGUGGAUUUGGGUGAAUUAAAGCCGAAUAAACCUUGUUUCAACCGAUGAAUUUUGAAGACAUUAAGUUUCCUUUGUGUCAGGAUACUUUACCUCAUUUUGUACUCGUCCACCUUAAAACAUGAUGGGUUCUCUGUGGGGAAGUUUUAGGAGCCUGAUUCUCCAUUUAAUAGGCUACCAAAAGUUUAUGUACAUUAGUGUGGAUAACAUUUGUAUCUGGAAGCCAUUUAUGGUUUAUUACACUAGUAAUAGCACUGAAGUCAUGAUUGAUGUUUUUAAUUGACCUGAACUGACUUUGAGGUGAUGUGGAAAAACAUUAUUUGUAUUUUGUAGGUUUCUAUGAAUACAAUGAAAAAAAAAAGUUCAUUUGUGAUCAUUUGUGCCCAUCAAUUUAAUGCACACAACAUUAGUUCAACUGCAGAAUGUCAAGAUUUCUAUUCUCCACAUUUUGUA